CUCAUUGAUGCUGUCUGCUUCAAAUCUUGAUCAUUAUGGACGAGGAAGCGCCGGUCAUCUACGGGCUUGAAUUUCAGGCUCGGGCACUUACUGCACAGACAGCAGAGACAGACAGUAUACGUUUCCUGGUGGGCACACAGUCACUGAGAGCUGAAAACCAGAUUCACCAUAUUGACUUUGAUGAUGAAAACAAUCUCAUAAACAAAAAUGUCUAUGUCCAUCGUGAAGGAGAAAUUUGGUCUAUGAGUGCAUCAACUUUUGACAAGACUCUACUGUCGACAUGUUACAAUAACACUGCAGAUGCCAAGUCUGAGCUGCGAGCUGCUGUAUGGCAGCUCCCAGAGAGCUUCAACUCAAGCAAUGUGGUUGAUGACCAGUCCAACUCCCAUGAAUCACUGCAGCUUGUGUGUCACCUGGAUACCAGCCAGUUCGGGGAUAUCAAGGGGACACUGUGGCACCCGGCAGGGGAGAGUCACACGGUUGUGGGGGUCAUGGACACACACAUUGUACAGUGGGAUCUCGACAGUGCUGCUUCCACAGCCAAGUUGAUUGGAUCCACCAUUGUGGAGGGGCGUGGUCAUCCAAAGCUGACAUGUGGGCGAUGGAACCCACAUCACAACUGUUCUCAGAUUGCCACAGCUAACGACACGUCCAUACGAGGCUGGGACCUGCGCUCAAUGAAACAGGUGUACCACAUGGAGAACGCCCAUGCCCAGCUGGUGCGAGACCUGGACUUCAACCCCAACAAGCAGUACUACAUGGCCACGUGUGGGGAUGACUGUAAGGUGAAGUUCUGGGACACACGCAACGCAACAGAGCCACUCAUGGUCUUCUCUGAACAUUCUCAUUGGGUGUGGACUGUCCGCUACAACCACUUCCAUGACCAGCUUGUCCUCACGUCCAGUAGUGACAGUCGGGUCGUCCUCAACAACAUUGUGUCCUUGUCCUCUGAACCAUUUGGCCGAUUGGUUGAGAAAGAUGAUGAAGACAGUGAGGAUGAGGAUGAAGCAGAGGACAGACCAAGAGAACCCCCAAAGGAUGGCGUUAUAUCUACAUAUGAGGAGCAUGAAGAUAGUGUUUAUGCUGUUGACUGGUCAACUGCAGACCCCUGGGUAUUUGCAUCUCUCAGCUAUGAUGGGGUUUCGCGUCUUGUCAUUAACCGAGUGCCUCGCACAGAGAAGUACAAGAUCCUGCUGUAGACUGAUGGAGAAACAGCACACAGGACAACCAAGUGUAUAUGUAUCAUAGAUAUAUAAACACAUUCCGUGGUGAUUUGUUUCCUUAAGAGAAACAAUGGGAAGUACCUGUCAUACACAUUUCUGUAAGACAGGACAGAGGACAAUGUUGCCAGGUUAAUCAUUUGUAAUCAGUGGAAACAAUUAAGUUGUUCACUGGUCACGAGGGGGACAUGGGUUGAUGUACCCUCUAUUUUUGUUUAUGUUCCCUACAUCAACCCAUGGGCCCCAAGGGACCAGUGAACAACGCAUUUAUCUUACCGAACACCUCAAUGUUAAUUUUGAACUGUUGAAGCACGGGUAUUGGAUCAUAAUAAGAAGUAUCAGAGUUUGGCAAUUAGGCAAUACUAGAUUGUCAGAUGACAAAGAAUCUAGCAGACAAGAAAAACUAAUUUAGAGUUAUCUCCCUUCCGUUAAUUUGUAUUCACAAAACAUCCGUAAUUUCCGUACAGCAUUCUUGACUCAAUUAUUCAAGAUGAAGAAUUACUAACACAAAGUACCAAAUGAAUUCCCCCAGUUUGCAGGGGUGGAUCCAGGUUUGGGAGGUGGUGGUUUGGUUUGCACAUAAAUCAUGAAGUCCAAAGGUUAGGGGGAAAUGAUCCUCAGCGAAAAAUGUGGGGGUAGUGCGUGCGUGUGUGUUUGCGUAAGCAGGCUACAUUGAAAAUAACAGAAGAGCAAUCAGCAAAUGACAUUUAUGUGUGAGGUAAGAUCAAAGAGAAUAUCUUUUUCAACCUUUCCUGGACAAGUUGUUUCACUGCAUUGUUGUUCUGUGUACAUUGUAUAUGUUGUAUUGUAUAGACAGGGGUUGUACCCUUGAUAAAAUGCUUUUUAUUCUGAAUAAACUCAGAAAUGUAUAGCCUGUAAAUAUAUAGUCCCAGAUUAAAGGGGUACAAUGUG